GGCAAAAUUGGUCGAGUCGUCUGGACCAAAAGUUUGUUUCCCGUUAUUUGUCGGCAAUUACAUGAAUACUUUGGCUUGUGAAAUUGCCGCUGUGGACCUGUAGAACCACACAGUGGGGCGACACUCUUUAGUUAGGCGCCUUUCGUGGCGGAAGGCAGUCAUCAUGUUACUUGCAGUGAUCGCUAUUGUGUUAGCGUGCAUCGCAGUUUGGAUUUCUCAUGGUUUUCUGUAUACAGUGGCAGCUUCUGCUCUUUUUGUGGCACUCUACGCCGUAGUGUUCCAUACUAGGUGGUGCUACGUAGCUCUAAAAACUACACCAAGGGAUUUAAGGGCACUGAUAUCUUAUCUGCAAAUACUGUGGACCGCACGGAAGUUUUCCAAUAAGAACUGGACCCUGCCGGAUAUAUUUCAUGAUGUGGUUCAAAAGCACCCAGACAAACCAUGCUUCAUGUUCCAGGAUGAAAUAUGGACUUUCAAAGAGGUUGAAGACUUCAGUCUUCGGAUGUCUGCUGUCAUGAAAGCCCAGGGGAUAAAGAAGGGCGAUGUAGUCGGGCUGCUCGUCAGCAACUGUCCCCAGCUGCCUGCGAUGUGGCUGGGCAACGCCCGCCUCGGAGCCAUCACUCCUCUCAUCAACACCAACCAACGGGGAAAUGCUUUACUGCACUCGGUCAAUGUGGCGAAAUGUGACGUCUUAAUUUUCUCGGAAGAAUAUCACUCUGCUGUUCAAGACAUUUCAAAGGAACUUAACCCUUCAUUGAAGCUGUUCAAGUUUACCCAUCGUCCCCUUCAGCCUUCCAAUCCGAAGCAAGAAGGGGCUGGGGACAGUAUUCCAGACUUGACGUAUCUGCUGGAAUCCACGCCACCAGCCCCGUGGACCUUGGCUAACGCUGACGGGUUCCGUGGGAAACUGCUGUAUAUAUACACUUCAGGGACAACCGGCCUUCCUAAAGCUGCAGUGAUAUCUAAUACCAGAUUUGUGUUCAUGGCAACGGGCAUCCACUUCUUACGGCUGAAGAAGUCUGACAGGAUAUAUUGCCCGCUGCCACUAUACCACACGGCUGGAGGGGUCAUCAGUGUAGGCCAAGCCCUCAUCCUUGGCUGCACAGUAGUGAUCAAGGCCAAGUUCUCAGCGUCGCAAUACUUUCCAGACUGUGCCAAGUACAAAGCCACGGCAGGGCACUACAUCGGAGAGAUGUGCCGCUACAUCCUGGCCACGCCUCCGUCUCCCGCCGACACGCAGCAUAACGUACGCAUUAUUUACGGGAACGGACUGCGGCCGCAGAUUUGGACAGAAUUCUUAAAAAGAUUCAACGUGAAGCACGUAAUAGAGUUUUACGGGGCUACUGAAGGAAACGCCAAUAUUGCCAACACCGAUGGUACCCCUGGAGCGAUCGGCUUUGUGUCCCGGAUCAUCCCAUCAGUAUAUCCCAUCGCCAUCAUCAAAGUGGACCAGGAAACGGGAGAGCCCAUACGCGAUUCUAGAGGUCUCUGUCAGUUAGCUCAGCCAGACGAGCCAGGCGUGUUCAUAGGAAAGAUCUCCCACAACAACCCUUCUAGAGAAUACCUGGGAUAUGUGGACAAAGCCGCUUCGGAGAAGAAGGUCGUUAAAGAUGUGUUUGCGCAUGGAGACCUGGCUUUUAUAUCGGGCGACAUCCUGGUGGCGGACGAGCUGGGCUACCUGUUCUUCCGCGACCGCACGGGCGACACCUUCCGCUGGCGCGGAGAGAACGUCAGCACCACGGAGGUCGAAGCCGCUGUAUCAAGAGUCGCUGAUCAUAGAGACGCGGUUGUCUAUGGAGUGCUGGUUCCAAACGUCGAAGGUCGCGCGGGCAUGUGUGGUAUAGUCGACGUAGACGGUUCCUUAGACCUGUCUCAACUGGCGCGUGCGUUGGCCCGCGACCUGCCCGCCUAUGCACGUCCCGUGUUCCUACGGGUCAUGACCAGCGUCGACCUUACGGGAACAUUCAAAAUGAAGAAAACAGAUCUGCAAAAGGAAGGAUACGACCCCUCUAAGGUUAAAAAUGAUAAACUUUACUACUUAGACGUCAAACUAGGCAGGUACCUUCCACUCGGCUCCGAUGAAUACGAGAAAAUAAAUAAAGGGGAAAUUCGAAUAUAAAUUAAUAAACAAUAAAGGCCAUUGCUCAAUUAAUGGUGCUCAAUAGCAUGGAAAAAUCUCCGAGAUAUUUGAUUGGUUGUAAAUUUGUAAUAUAUGCGUAAUUUGUUUUAUUUAUUACUUUAAAAUAAAAUUAAUAUAUACUAAUAUUAUAAAUGCGAAAGUAACUCUUGUCUGUCAGUCUGUCUCGCUUUCACGCCUAAACCACUGAA